AUGAUGUAUAAAUUAGCUGAAACUUCAUCUUGGGUAUUACUUACCACCACUCGUUACUCUCAACUAUAUAAAACCCCCAAUAACCGCUGUGUAAAAGUGACAGCAGUCGUCGGGUUAAAUAAACCUUACAACAGCAAAAAAGAACUGGAAAUAUUAAAAAAACUCAGUAGCAGUAAUGAAAAUAUGAAUAACUGUAUUCAUUUGUUUACAGAACAAAGUGGAAUUGAAAAAGGUAAUGUUAUCUUAGUUAUGCCCUAUAUCUCCAAGUCAUUAUUAAAUUAUCUCUAUGAAUUUUGGAAGGAUAAACAGGGGAAAAGAAAAUUCAAUCCGUACCUAUUGUUGAACAAUGAUAAUACUAAUACUAAUACUACUACUGAUAACAAAAAUAAUGAAAAUUUACAGGAGUUCAAGAAUACAAUCUCCACUGAUUUGGCGUUGGAUAUAAUUAAACAGUUGGCCAAUGGGUUAAAUUUUAUACAUAGUAAUGGGAUCAUUCAUAGGGAUGUUAAUUUAUCUAAUGUAUUGGUCGAACAGAUAAGCAUAGGAGAUAAGGUAACAAUCAAGUAUAUUGAUUUUGGCAUUUCCUAUGAUGUUAAUGAAGAAAACAAAGAUGAGCCGGCGGAUAAUAAAGUUACCGAUGUUUCAACAUCAAAGUACAAGGCACCCGAAUUGCUAUUUUCUGUAAAAAACUAUGAUUAUAAAAUAGAUGUUUGGUCGUUAAUGGUUAUUAUAUCUCAGAUAUCUCGGGUGGUGGCAACAAAUGAAAAUUUGAGCAGCUGUAUAAUACCUAGUUUUAUAGACGAUGGUACAGAAAUUAGUCCAAUAACUGGAAAAUUUCUAAGUCAAGGAAGUGAUAUCAGUUUAAUUAUGUCAAUAUUUUCGGAGUUGGGUAUGCCCAAAUUACAAGAUUGGCCUAGCGUUAAAAAAUAUGGUAGCUUAGCGUUUGAGGGAAUGUUUGGGAGUGAAGGUGAUGGCAAAUAUAUUUUUGAGGGAAAUGGUGAUGAUUAUAGUUUAUUGGAUAGAUUAAAAAAGUUUUUCCCCCUAUUUGAACAUCAUGAAAAAUUAUUGUUGAUUUCUUUUUUACCAAUGUUACAUUUGGAACCAACAAAAAGAUCCAGCUCCGCCGAGUUAUUGGAAACAUUAAAUUUGCAUACGUAG